AUGAGUUAUUACCAUAAACCACGACCUAAUUCACUUGUAAACCGACGACUGUUCGAGUUCGUGGAUGCAGCAAAGACACCAGACAAGCCAGUUCUGGUCAUCUAUGACUCUGGCAGAAGGAGGUCAUCUUUAACAUUCAAACAACUCAGUGAUCAGUCGCGACAGCUUGCAAAAGGUUUUCUGAAGUCAGGACUGGGUCGAGGUGACAAGAUCCUUAUAUGUGCGCCCAACAGCUUUGAGUAUGCUGUGAGCUGGCUAGCGGCUAUGCGCAUAGGAGCAUGUGCAGUUCUAACUUGCCCUGAAGAUUUGACGGAGAAACGAGUACAUUUGCUUAAACAUGUUGUCAAAUGUGAGGGUAUUUUUGGUGUGCUCAGCCUAUGCCCUGAACAAAAGGCACAUGUUCUCAGUGUUUUCACCAAGCUAGUAGAGAUGACAGCUUCCACAGUGAAGUCAAUUGUUCUCUCCGGAGCUGAUAACACCACAGGAAUCCCACACGAGAAUAUUGUCAUCUAUGAAGACGUCWUGACAAAGGAAUACCAUGACCAGGAUUUGGAAUACGCUGAAAGUAAAGUGCAAUGUGAAGACCUGUGUUUUGCUAUAUUGACAACAGGAACUACAGGUCCAAGUAAAGCUGUAGGGUUUACACAUCAUGCAAUUGUUAAUGCUAUUAACUUGGAUAUUCCUGGCUUUGAGGAAGAUUCAGUCAGUUUCUCAGGUUGGCCCAUGCCCUGGGGGAGUGAAGCCCCUUGCUUUGUAGCAGCACUAGUGAUUGGUUUCACAUUUGUCACGGCACCUUUCCAUAAGAUCACACCCGAAGACUCGUACGAUUUCAUGCUGAAAAUAACAGAAGAGGAAAAAUGCGACAAUCUUUGUAUUCCACAGCAGGAUGUUCCCACAAUGAUUGGUCAGAAAUUCCAGGAAAAGUACGACUUGUCCAGUGUAGAAGGUUUCGGCUAUGGCGGACAAAUCGUUCCCAGGAAGACCAUGCGUGCGCUUCUUGAAAUCKUCCCUGAAAAGUACGUUGUGUUGGUGUAUGCGUCAGUGGAGGUUAUGACCGUUGCUUUGCAGCCACUCAGCAUAGCCAACAUUAAUUCUCAUAAUUAUGGAAAGAUGUUCAUUUUUCCUGACACAGAAGUGAAAGUUGUUGAUCAAGAUGGUAUUGUUGUUCCUUAUGGCGACAAAGGUCUGAUUCACAUACGUGGUCCCAAGGUUUUUAGCCAUUAUAUCGGCAAUCCUGACGAAACUGCCUUAAUAAAGUCAAAAACAGGCUGGGUUAACACGCGUGAUUAUGGCAUUAUGUACGAGGAUGGCAAGCUACAAGUUCUCGGCAGAGAAGGAGAUAUCAUUCUUCAUGGACACGACAAACUGUUCCCGGGAGAAUUUGAAGAUAAAUUGAUGGAGCACCAGGAGAUUUCUGAUGCCGUCAUCGUUGGAGUCCCGGAUGAGGUCCUUAACGAAGAAAUUUGCGCAYGCGUCAUUGAGGUUCCCGGUUCUAAUUUAAGAUCUAAGGUUUCUGACCUAGUGGACUGGUGCAGUAACAAGUUUGGACCACACGCUGUUCGUCCGAAGUAUUUUGUUUUCCUUGAUCAGCUCCCUCUGGUUGAGAAUUCUAAAAUCGAUCGUUGCGCUAUUCAGAAUUUCGCAAAGAAAGAACUCAAUUUAAUCUAGAAAAUAACAACAAAUUUAGCUGUAUUCAAAGACAUCUUUCUUCUCUGUUGAUUUAUAAACUCAUAAUAAAUUCUCGAACGU